AUGUCGUCCACAGCCACCGAUGUGAACAGACCCUCAGCGGAUGCUGUCUUCGAGAAGUCGCACAACCACAACCUCAACAUCACUUCCUCCCACAAUGGCAUGACCAUCUCGCCAGAGCUAUUCGAGAAGCUGUACCUUACUCCCAAGACUCCUCGCCACGGCAACAAUGUCAAGCGUUUCGCCAAUGCCGUACCCAUGGGCUUCACUGGUUUCGUCAUCUCGACUUUUACCUUUUCGAUGAUCUUGAUGGGCUUUGCUGGUACUAGCAGUCUUGCUGGUGUUGUCGGUAUCUUCUUCUUCACUGGUCCUGUUCUUCUCGGUCUCGCUGCCAUCUUUGAGUGGAUCAUGGGCAACUUCUUUACUAUGAACUCGCUCUCCCUCUUCUGUGUCUUCUGGCUUUCCUUCGGCAUGAUCCAACUUCCUUCUCUCGGCAUUGCUGCUUCGUACUCCCCCACCGGCAAUGCUGCAGAGGGUGCCGCAAGCCCUGACUACAACAACGCCAUCGCCCUCUACCUCAUCGUCUGGGGCUUCGCUUUCGUCACCUACUUUAUCUUUUCGCUCAAGACCAAUGCUAUCUUUGCUGGUAUCUUUGGCUUUGCCGCUAUUGCUGUUUAUAUUCUUGCGGGUGCUUACUUCCACGUUGCUACUGGCGAUUAUGCUACUGCUGGUAACCUUCAAGUCGCUGGUGGUGCACUCCUUUUCGUCGUUGCAAUGCUGGGUUGGUACAUUACCUUUGUCAUCAUGGCUGCUGAGAUGCGUCUGGGCAUCAACUUCCCCGUCGGCGACCUUAGCCACUUCUGGCCCUCUACUGACGUCGAGUUGACUGAGAUUGAGAAGCAGGCUUAA